AUGACCAUCCUGCGGUUGCCCUCCCCGCGGAGGGCCGCCGCCCUCGUCCUCGCCGCGGCGACGGCCCUCGUCCCGCUCGCCUCUUCCGCCGUCCCAAAGCCCAGCGGCAGCAACCUCGCUAAGCGCGAGGACACAAAGUACUUUCACGAGCCCUGGGGCAGCCUCGCCCUCGGGCACUACGACUCGCGCUACUUCAAGGAGGAGGUCCCUUACGAACAGCACCGCGUUGUUCUCCGCGACCUCAUCCGCAGCUACCUGACCGUCAUGGUAAACGUCGGCGCCGAGACGUGGAUCGCCCACGGAACCCUCCUCGGCUGGUGGUGGAACGGCCUGAUCAUGCCCUGGGACUACGACCUCGACGUCCAGGUCAGCAACGCCACCCUGCAGUGGAUGGGCGACCAUCUAAACCGCACCGAGCACUCUUUCAACUCGUCGUCCGGGUCUGGUGUCGUCAACAAGUACAUUCUCGACGUCAAUCCACACCACUCUGACAUCGACCGUGGCGACGGCAUGAACAUCAUCGACGCCCGCUGGAUCGACAUGCAGAACGGCAUGUUCGUCGACAUCACGGGCGUCCGCGAGCGCGAGGCCGAUCGCCCUGGCUUCUGGAGUUGCAAGAACUUCCAUCGCUACGCCAGCCAGGACCUGUGGCCCCUGCGCCGCACCGAGUUCGAAGGCGUCCGCGCCCUCAUCCCGUACAGCUUCGAGCAGAUUCUUGUCGACGAAUACGGCGCCAAGAGCCUCGUCACAGAGGAGCACGAGAGCCACCGCUGGGACCGCGACAUUAAGCAGUGGGUGCGCAUGGACGCCAACGAUGAGAGGCGCGCAAAGGAAGAGGCCCGCGAGCGCAAGCGCCUGGAGAUGAUCCGUGACGGCCGCCUCAAACCCGACCCCUGA